AUGCCGAUAAUAUCAUUUGGUCUCGCGGCAUGGCAAGUAUACCGACUCGAGUGGAAAACGAAUCUCAUUGCUGAAUACGAGAACCGAUUGCUUCUCCCUCCUUUGGUUCUGCCGCCCAAACUUGACUCGGAGGCGAUAAACAAGCUGCAAUAUCGAAGAGUUCUCACAAAGGGAAAGUUCCGCUACGAUCAAGAGUUCCAAGUUGGUCCGCGAUUGUAUGAAGGAGAGAACGGUUACGCGGUUAUUACUCCUUUCGAACGGGAGGACGGAUCGACUAUACUGAUCAAUCGUGGGUGGAUUCGAAAAGAUAUGGCUGACCAGUCGAAACGGUCCAAAGCAGCGAUGCCCGAGGGACCCGUAUUUGUCGAGGGCCUGAUCAAAUCGCCCGCUAAGCCAAACUACUUCACUCCAAAAAACGUGCCCGAGAAAAAUGAGUUUUAUUUUGUCGACGUUGAAGAAUUCGCCAGAAUGACGAACGCGGAGCCAGUCAUCAUCGAGGAACUUGUCACACAAUAUCUCGACUCCGACGCAUUCGUUUCCUGGGAAACGUUGUCAGACCAAGGUAUCCCGAUCGGUCGUCUGCCCAAGCAUGACCUCCGCAACACUCACUCUCAGUACAUCGCUACCUGGGCUGGCGUAUUUCUCGCGACUUCUGUUAUGUGUGUGAUGAUGCUGCGGUCGCCCAAGACGAGUAAGGCCAGAAAGGUGCAGCACGCGAGGAAGUACUAUUCGUGA